ACCUCCGCGAGUCAACAUGAAAGCGUUCUUGGUAUUAGCAGCCGUAGCGGCUAUCGGCUCGGCAAGACCCGAGGCAGGAUACUCCUACAACGCACCCGGUGGCGGUGGCCUGGGCGGCCAUGGUGGUAUCGGAGGCGGAAGCAUCGGCGGUGGAAUCGGCGGUGGCCACGGUGGAUUCUCCUCCGGCGGUCUGAGCUCCAGCAGCUUCGGUGGUGGACUCGGGGGUGGACUCGGGGGUGGAUUCUCAUCCGGCGGGUUCUCAUCCGGUGGAUUCUCAUCCGGUGGAUUCUCAUCCGGCGGUGGCGGCGGAUUCGGUGCCGGAGUAGGCGGCGGUUUUGGUAGCGGCGGCGGCGGCGGCUUCGGAGGCGGCUUCGGUAGUGCCCCCAUUGUCCAGAAACACAUCUACGUCCAUGUCCCACCCCCAGAACCUGAAGAACAACGUCCCCAAUACGUUAAUGGUGGAGCCCAACCCCAAAAGCACUACAAGAUCAUCUUCAUCAAGGCCCCAGCACCUCCCGCACCCGUCGCCCCCAUCAUCUCUCCUCAAGCCCAAAACGAAGAGAAGACCCUCGUAUACGUCCUGGUCAAGAAACCCGACGAACAACCCGACAUCACCAUCCCCACUGCUGCCCCUACUCAACCCUCAAAACCCGAAGUAUACUUCAUCAAAUACAAGACCCAGAAGGAAGGUGGUUCCAUUGGUGGUGGAGCUAUUGGAGGUGGUAUUGGCGGUGGCAUCGGCGGUUCUGGUAUCGGCGGUGGUAUCUCUGGUGGCAGCAUCGGCUCUGGCAUCUCUGGCGGUAGCAUCUCUGGAGGCAGCAUUGGUGGUGGCAGCAUUGGCGGUGGUCACGGCAUCGGUUCCGGUAUCGGCUCCGGCAUUGUGUCUGGCGGCCAUGGCUCCUCGGGCUCCGUCAGCUCCUCCUACGGACCCCCCGGUCACUCCGGCGGUCCCUACUAAGCCGCACCCCGCGUGCUAACUUGUGAUACCUGCUCAGCCGGCGACAAACAUAGUUUUAAGUAGAGAAAAAAUUACGGUGCCUAAAUGUAUUUAUGUAAAUAGUAAUUUUAAUGUAUAAUUUUAGUUGUAUCAUAAAAUCUUUUUGCAUAAAAAACUCGAUAAAUCAA